CAGUGAAAAAAAUCGUCAUCGUAGCAUCCAGUUCUUCGUUGAUGAUCCUACCUUUGGCUUUGCUUGGUCAUCGCGUCAUCCUGAGCUCCAACCUCAUAGUCUCCAUCUUCCUGCUAGCUAUCUUUGUUGAUCAAGAAAGCUGGGAAUCGUCAUCGACAAUGUCUACUGCAGCAGAGCUAAAAACGGCCAGGGCAUCAGCCAAGCGUGCGGUCACCAAGCAGGCCAAUCAGAUAAGACAGUGUAUUGCAGAAGAUGAUUUAACCCUAAUUGAUGAUUACGUAGUCAAACUUAAGUACUUGUUUAGUGUUUUUACAUCUGUUCACAAUGAUUACCAGGCCUUGCUUAGCGAUGAAGAUGAUAUUGAGGCUAGUGAUACUUAUUUUUGUAAGCAACAAGAUGAAUACAUUUCUGUGCUUGGUUCAGUUAAAGGCCGUUCAAAAGGCGUUAAGUCUGAAGUUGAUCACAAAGAUUCUAGUUCAUCUGAAUCGAAUUUGUAUGGUGAUCUUUCUCGAGAACAGUUUAUGGGUUUGCUUAAUUUACCCAAGGUUGAGUUGCAGGUAUUUGAUGGAAAUCCCUUACAUUACCAUCAAUUCCUUAUGGCCUUUGAGGUCAAUGUUGACAAAAUGGGGGAAGGUAGUGAUUUGAAAUUAGCCAGACUCAUGCAAUAUACAUCGGGUCCGGCUAAAGAAGCUAUUAGGGGGUGUCAGUUGAUUGGGGGGACCGUAGGAUAUACUCAAGCACUUUCAAUCUUGGAAUCACGUUUCGGUAACAAACAUCUUGUUACAGAGCGUCUUAUUAAGGGGCUCAGAUCAGGUAAGCAGUUGCGGCUUCCACAUGAGAUCCAGCAGUUAGCAGAUGACAUGAAAACUGCCUUGCUUACACUGACCCAAUUGGAUACCUUGGAUGAGGUUAAAUCUCAGUCAUUUAUACUUGAUGUUGUAAGCAGACUGCCAAAUUAUGUUCAGUUAAGAUGGAGGAAAUCUGCCUUGAAAUCCAAAAGGGCUAAUGAAUCCUAUCCUAGUUUUAAAGACUUGGUAGAUUUUGUGAGUAACAUUGCUUGUGAGGUUAACGAUCCUGUGUAUGGUAACCUAUAUCCUAAGCGUUUUGAUCGGUCAAGAGGUUCCAAUCAGGGUGUUUCUCUUAACUCUUCAGUGUCGCGUCAGUCACAGCUUGAUACUGGAGCUACCGGUACUGCAAAGCCUAGUCCGUCGAAGAGCGUCAAAUCGUAUGCCAAGCCAGAACCCCCAUGUGUGUUAUGUAGUCAAACUCAUCGCUUGUGGCAUUGUGAUAAGUUCAAGCAAAUGAGUCCCAGGCAGAGAUUGAAUAUUGUUGUUGCUCAUAAGCUUUGUCAUAAUUGUCUCCUAGCCUCACAUAGCACCAAUGAUUGUGGUAAACGUUCGAUUUGUGGUGUUCAGGGUUGCGGUAAGAAACAUACAAUGUACAUACACUGUCCUGAUACUGCACCUCCCGAGUCAAAGGUGUCCAAUGCCAGCUUUUACGCUGACAAGGGAACUUGUAUGCCCAUAGUACAAGUGAUUGUUAAUGGUUCAUGCAAAGUCUUGGCAUUAUUAGACAAUGGGUCAAGUAAUUCAUUCUGUUCCCAGGGUUUGGUUGCCAAAUUGGGUUUGGAGGGAAUGCCUUCAGAGUUUCAGCUUAGUACCUUGAAUAUGUCUGGUGUUCAUCAAUCCAAAAUUGUUGAUUUGUCUGUUGCAUCGGAAACCGGGGAGGCUUUGUGUAUGAACCAUGUUUGUGUUGUUGAUAGCAUACCUGUUAAAAGUGCACCUGUGGAUGUUUCACUUUAUGCCCACCUUGAUGAUGUAGGUUCAAUGCCUGCUUAUAAACAUGAUCAUACAACUGUUGAUUUACUUAUUGGUCAGGACAAUGCAGAAGCUCUUUUACCACUGGAGGUGAGACGUGGAAGCAUGGGACAACCAUUUGCUGUUCGAACCCUAUUCGGAUGGUGUUUGAAUGGGCGUUCACCUGUCAACAGAGUCAGUCGCAAAGUAAUUUCGAAUUUUGUAUCUUGCUUAUCUACUGAUGAUGUUUCCAGAUUGUGGAGAAUUGAGAACGAGGGACUGGAGUCUUCUUCAUGGUCACAAGAAGACAAGUUGGUGAUAAGAUUGUGGGACCAAGAGCAUCGGAAGAUAGAUGGGCACUAUGAGCUCCCCAUUCCCUGGAGAGACAGGUCAGAGCCGCUACCGAAUAACUUCCCGGUUGCCAAGUCGAGGUUAGAUUCUUUACACAAACGUUUGGUUGAAAACGGGCUGUUUCCUAAAUACAAUGCAGAGAUCGUCAAGUUGUUGACAAAAGGUUAUGCUGAAAAGGUGCCCUCAGGUGAGAUAGUAGGUGACAGAGUCUGGUACCUUCCACAUCAUGCGGUUACUACCGACAAGAAGCCAGGCAAAGUUAGGGUUGUCUAUAAAAUUUUGAUGUAAUGAUUUAUAAUUAUCAGGUGCAACCGUAUUAUGAUACACUAUUAGAAGAGAAGAGGUCGUUGGUUGGAUAUUUGUGCUUUAAUUUGAAAGAUUAUUUGUCUUGUUAUAUGGACUCGUGGUCGUGUUAAGAAAACUAAUAUUUGUAUAUCGUAUAAACGUGUGAAUUAUGAUGUAUAAGGUUAAUUAUUAUGUUAUCUUGGUUUCGAAUAGUCAUUCUCAGGGGGGAGUGUUA